CAGCAUUUUCCGGAUCCUAGGGCCACACUUCAAUUUGGUGGUUCGAUUUUGUAUUGUUCGGUCCUUCCUUCUCUGCAUGUCCUGGGCGAUGUCUCGACAUACGGUACGCCAAUAGGGGGGUCGAUUUGUUGAACAAAUGCGGGUGUGUGUACCCUCAACCCAAGGGGUCAACAAGCACCCGUGGACGGAGCGCAGGCUACUACUAAGCUAGAACUGCCCGUACAUGGACUUGGGCUGCAAGAGACUUGAUGGCCAUUAGCCCCGGCCAUCGGGCGCAGCCAAGAGGUGGAAUUUGCACGCACUCCCCGUCCCCAGUGACUCAUUUGACCCUGGUCGCAGCAGAGGGAGGCAGCCAGAGAAAAAAUGGGAAAAAGAAGGCAACCAGAACCGGUGGAUGGGCACUGGCUUCACCGCCCAGCCUAUGCAUGAUAGACCCCUGCCGAUUGGAAGAAGAGCUGACUCCAUGUAUCGUGAACCCGAAUGCCAGAUUCAUCGUGGAUCCCAAAGCGCAAUCCAAGUACAAGCACUGUAAUCGAUGCGGUGCAUGUCGCCUUCCCAAUCGACCUAGAAGCUGGCCUCUUUCACCCCAACAAAGGGAGCCCUACCUAUCAACUCCAGGUCUACUACUUCGACAGCAAGACACCAACAUCACCUCAUCUUUCUCACACCAUCCUUCCAAGACAAACGAGGGUACCUAUUUCAAUAUGUCAGUUUCAAAGCCGACCGAGAUGCGCCAUGAGAAGUCCAACAAGGCCGAGGCGACUGCUCCCACCACGGACACCUCGGCUGGUGAAACAACCAGCAACACGCAUGGCCCAAGCAAGACACACGAGGCCCCACGUUACAUUUGUGACUGCAAAAUCUGCAUCUGCGGCGCGGCCGUAGAUUAUCCUGGGGACGUUUGUGCGACUUGUAUCAAAUAUCACUGAGAUCAUCAAUACAGCACGAGAAUAUUUCAAAGGGCUCUGAACAAGGAGAUCUUCGGCGGCGGCUAUUAUGUGGAAGAGGGAGGGCAUGGCGUUAUGGGGUUAAGAGGUUGAGCAAGGCUAUGAUUGGUACUCAAUUGCUUGUAUUGCUAAGGCCGAGGUCUUCUCCUGGGCGUACUAUUUGCAGCUAGCUCGGCACGACAAUUUUUUCUCGAUUUGCAAAGGGAAAGAAAGGUUCAUCAGACAUAUCUGCCUCAACCCAGGUGGGGUGG